AGAUACUUUCUAUGGCUUCCGCUAGCUGGUGAAACCAGGCAGUGCGAAUAAACAUUUCCAGCCCAGAGUGUUUCUAGCGGCGCAUCCAUGUCAGAUAUUGUGGACAGCGAUGGGGAUGAAUACGAUGAACUUUCGGAGCUGCGACAACGCCAGAAACCCGAAUCCCAGCCCUCAGUGGAUGAGGCCUUCGAUUUGGACGACCUGCUGCCCACAAUUGGCGAGUUUGGCAAGUACCAGAAGCUCUUGGUUUUUGGCAUUUGCCUGCCCGCCUGCAUUCCGUGUGGGUUUUGUGCCUUUAACCAGUUGUUUAUGGCUGAUACUCCGGAUGACUAUUGGUGCCGCAUCCCGGAGCUGCUCGACCUGCCGUUGGACCAGAGAAAAUCGCUGGCCAUACCCAAGGAACUGGAUAAUGAUGAACUGGUCUACAGCAAGUGUUAUACCUACGGAGUCAAUUGGACGGAAAUACUUGAGUCUGGGGAAGAUGUUGACUUGACCACCAUGGAACCAAACAGCAGUUGGCCUUUGGUCAAGUGCAGCCAGGGAUGGGAGUACAACACGACCAACGUUUGGUCCUCCAUUGUGAUCGAUUUUGAUUUAGUGUGCGAUCAGGAUAUAUAUCCCACGAUUGGCUUGGCUGCUCUUAAUACUGGCGGUCCUGUGGGUGUUUAUCUAUUUGGAUUACUGAAUGAUCGUGCUGGAAGAAGGCUUUCCUACUUCAUUUGCUUGGCCACUUUGCUGGCUGGAAGUUUGGUAACCUCGCUCAGCAAGGAUUUCUGGACUUGGGCAGGCAGUCGUGUCAUUGUGGGAUUAACCAUUCCAGCUGUCUAUCAGAUACCCUUUAUUAUAUCUCUGGAACUGGUUGGUGAAAAUUAUCGUUCCUUUGUGACAGUAAUGACCUGCACUUUCUACACUUCGGGCAUAAUGCUCCUGUCUGGAGUAACUUAUCUGGAAAGAGAUUGGGUUCGUCUCUCCUAUAUCACCUCCCUGCCAUUUUACGCGUACUUUCUGUACAUGUUCGUAAUGCCGGAGUCACCGAGAUGGCUUUUAAUGCGCGGUCGUUUGGAGGAAGCUCUCAAGAUUCUGGAGCGCAUGGCCAAGGUGAACGGCAAACAAUUUCCGGAGGCAGUGCAUCUCAAGUUGGAGGCUCAAAUUCGAAGGGAUAAACUCAAGAAGCAGAAGAAAAAGAUAGCCAAUGUGGGGCUAAUGGAUCUCUGUCGUACUCCCAAUAUGCGUUUGAAGACCAUAUUGAUCACUCUAAGUUGGUUUGCCAAUGAGACGGUUUAUCUGGGUCUCAGUUACUAUGGCCCUUCGCUGGGCACCAAUCAGUAUGUUAGCUUCUUUUUGUCGGCCGUUGUGGAGUUGCCAAGUUACUUGUGCUGCUGGUAUUUCAUGGACACCUGGGGCAGAAGGUGGCCCUUGAGUUUGUCCAUGAUUUUGGGUGGCGUUGCUUGUGUGAUAACCGUAAUGCUUCCCGAUGAUGCCGUGGAUGAGACUUUAGUUCUGUAUUUGAUAUCCAAAGCUCUCCUUUCCGCGUCCUUUUUGAUCAUUUAUCCCUUCGCCGGAGAACUAUAUCCCACACAAGUUCGUGGCAUUGGCAUUGGUGCUUCCAGUUAUAUAGGAGGAUUGGGUCUCAUUGUCAUACCAUUUGUGACCUACUUGGGUAAGGACAAUCUCAAGCUGCCGUUGGUCAUCAUGGGCUUUGUUUCGAUGCUGGGCGGGAUGACUGGACUGCGAUUGCCGGAGACACUGCAUCAUCGAUUGCCGCAAACUAUUGAGGAGGGCGAGGAGUUCGGCAAGAAUUGGCAACUUAAGGAUUGUUGUCGUUGUGCUCAGAAGCCUGAUGUUUUAUCCCAACCUGCAUCGUACGAAAAUCUGGAUGUUCUGGCUGGCUCAUCAACCAAUGCUUCUGAGGUGGAACUGGAACUAAAAGACAGUCGAAGGGUAAGGGAGCCAACUCCUCGGAUUGAUGAGCGCACACCUCUGGAUUCGACAUCCGGUGGAAGUGUUCGACCAGUUCAUCGACCUUCGAUGAAGCGCUUGGUGCGCCAGAUGAGCAUCAUGGAUACCCAAAGGACCCAUGAUGGCACCAUGCAAUUGACACAUUGGAUUUAGGUUUUAAGACAGAAGAUCAGUUUUGAAUUAGUCAUGUUAAUAUGCUAAUAUUUUUUGUUUUAUUAUAGGGAAAUUAUAUACUCAAACAUUUUGAUUGAAAUAACUAUAACACUUAGUAUAUAGUUUUAAAAAAUUAAAAAAGCGCAAUCAAGCACAAUGUAAGCAAUUGCCAUUGAGUGUGUAUAAUAUGUAAUGAAAUAAAUAUGUUUAUAACAUACAUAAUAAA